AUGCGCGUCUCAGCUCUCGCCUUUGCAUCCGUCGCUCUUGCAGCACGCCCCUUUCUCAACGAGCCCGACACAGGCCUCGAUGACCUCCUCGGCUCUGUCGUUGCCAAUGGCACACUUGCGCCCCUUGAGAACAUGGUUGGUCUUCCCGACUUCGAAUGGGCGGCUCGCAAGUACAUGAACAUCUCCUCCUACACAUACUACCGCAACGGUGCUGCCGGAGAGUGGUCAUACCGCAACAACCUCGAGGUCUUCACUCGCCACCGUCUCCGACCCCGCGUCCUGAGCGACAUCACCAACGUCGCUGCCUCGCUCCCCACUACACUGCUGGGUCACAAUUUCUCGGCGCCUUUCUUCAUCUCGCCAUGCGCUCGUGGUGGCUACGCUCACCCUGAUGGAGAGCUCAACUUCGUCAAGGGUGCUGCCGCCGGUAACAUCUUGUACAUGCCAUCGCUCUACUCCUCUCAGAGCUUCGAUGCCAUUUACGCCCAAGCCGCCAACACCACCCAGCCUCUCUUCCAGCAGGUCUACCUCACCAACAACCUGACCGAGACCCAAGCGCUCUUCACCAAGAUCGAGAAGACCGGCAAGGCUAAGGCUAUCAUCCUCACCGUCGACUCCCCUGGAGACGGCAUCCGUCACCGCGCAGCCCGCUACGGUGUUGGCUCCGCAGACAUCAACCUCAGUCUGCUCACCUGGGACCUGUUCCGCCAGUUUUCCAACAUGACCUCCCUGCCCAUCAUCCCCAAGGGAAUUCAGACCGUUGAGGAUGCCCGGGAAGCUGUCAACAAUGGCGCAAAGGCUAUCUUCCUCUCCAACCACGGCGGCCGCCAGCUCGACACCUCGCCCUCGUCGCUGGAGAUUGCGCUUGAGAUCCACCGCGAGGACCCGGACCUUUACAACCAGGUCGAGGUCUACGCUGAUGGUGGUGUCAGGUAUGGAUCUGACGUUCUGAAGCUGCUUGCUCUUGGUGUCAAGGCUGUUGGUCUCGGAAGGCCAUUCAUGUACAGCAACGUCUACGGUACUGAGGGUGUCGAGAAGGUCAUUGAUAUCCUCAAGUACGAGCUCAUCAAUGAUGCUGCGAACUUGGGUGUUGGUGAUCUUAAGAAGAUUGGUCCCCAGUAUGUGGACUUCAAGAACAGUCUUAACACCUGGUACAGCUAG